AUGAGGCGGUAUGGGGACAUCAUUGAUUUCGAUUUCUGGAGAAGAAAAGACGGUCGCACAGACCUCAAUUCGUCAACGAGCCUCAUGGACAUGAAGCCUCGCCACGGGCGUUUCAUCCUUUUGCAGGUUCUCACGGCAUGGGCUUGGAUCCCAGCAGAAGCAGCCAUUGAGAGCCUCAAUGGCAGUACCAUAGAUGGGAGAAGUAUUCUGGUGCGGAAGGAUGAGAAAAGACCAGGCCCUGGACCCAAACCGGCGGAAGACGAAGAAGUCCUGCGACCGGCCCAAAGCCGCGGCAAAGGCAAUGACGAACCUGGAGAUGGCACCAAGGUGUUCUGGAGUGGUGUCCCAAUCGGCACGACGGAAGGCUUUUUGCGCAGUCAGUUCGAGAGAGUGGGGACAAUUGUAGACUUCGACUUCUGGCGAAACCAGGAUGGCAGCUCCCUGGGAAAGGGAACUUGCAGAUUCGACCAUUUUCGAGGGGCUCAGCGGGCGCUGCAGCGCCUCCACGGCUAUUCGAUCGACGGUGGCAUCAUGAUGCUGAAAGAAGACGAGGGAGGCAACAAAGGCCCUCCUGUGGCCAAGGGCAAGAGCAAAGGCAAAGGCAAAGGAAAGCAGUGGCGCAAGUCGGAGGAUUAA